GCGGAGCCAGGACACCACCGGGCUCCUGCCGCCGCCGCCUCCUUCCUCCUCCUCCUGCUGCUGCUGCUGCUGCUGCCGGGCUGAGCGGCGGGGUCGUCGGCAGCGUGACACGAAGCAGCCGCCUCCGGACUCCUCUUCAUGGCAGGGAACUUCUGGCAGAGCUCGCACUAUUUACAAUGGAUUUUGGAUAAACAAGAUUUGUUGAAGGAACGCCAAAAGGAUUUGAAAUUUCUGACAGAAGAAGAAUAUUGGAAACUACAGAUAUUCUUUACUAAUGUCAUCCAGGCUUUAGGUGAACAUCUUAAAUUAAGACAACAAGUUAUUGCCACUGCUACAGUCUACUUCAAGAGAUUCUAUGCCAGAUAUUCCCUAAAAAGUAUAGAUCCAGUAUUAAUGGCUCCUACGUGUGUGUUUUUGGCAUCCAAAGUAGAGGAAUUUGGUGUGGUCUCAAACACAAGGUUGAUUUCUGCUGCUACUUCUGUAUUGAAAACUAGGUUUUCUUAUGCCUUUCCGAAGGAGUUUCCUUAUAGGAUGAAUCAUAUAUUAGAAUGUGAAUUCUAUCUUUUAGAAUUAAUGGAUUGCUGUUUGAUAGUGUAUCAUCCUUAUAGACCUUUGCUCCAAUAUGUGCAGGAUAUGGGCCAAGAAGACAUGCUGCUACCCCUCGCAUGGAGGAUAGUGAAUGACACAUAUAGAACUGAUCUUUGUCUACUGUACCCUCCCUUCAUGAUAGCCCUAGCUUGCCUGCAUGUGGCCUGUGUUGUCCAGCAGAAGGAUGCAAGGCAGUGGUUUGCUGAGUUGUCUGUUGAUAUGGAGAAGAUUUUGGAAAUAAUCAGGGUCAUUCUAAAACUGUAUGAACAGUGGAAGAACUUUGAUGAGAGGAAAGAAAUGGCUACUAUUCUUAGUAAGAUGCCUAAACCGAAACCACCUCCAAACAGUGAAGGAGAACAGGGUCCAAAUGGAAGUCAGAACUCCAGCUAUAAUCAGUCUUAAGACAUUCCAAAGAACUUUAUUAUGGACCACUUUGGAUCAAGACAUACUGGGAUCUUAAUUGUGUUCAUGAAAUGGACAGAAGGUUUUAAUAACGUCUUUGACAAAGAACUUGAAGAAUAAAUGGCUUGUUUCUA